AUAGAGUCGUGUAAUCAAAGCUGAGUUUUGUAUUGUGGAACAGAGUUUUAGAGACAUUUGCAAGAUGAGUUGGAUGAACUCCGUGCUGAGAUGGAAGAGAUGAGAGAUAGUUAUUUAGAGGAAGAUGUUUACCAGGUGCAGGAACUUCGGCGAGAACUGGACCGUGCUAACAAAAACUGCCGAAUCCUGCAGUACCGUCUCAGGAAAGCAGAGCAGAAAAGCCUGAAAGUGGCAGAGACUGGGCAGGUGGAUGGUGAGCUUAUCCGAAGCCUGGAGCAGGACUUGAAGGUAGCCAAAGAUGUAUCUGUCAGAUUGCAUCAUGAACUUGAGACUGUAGAGGAAAAGCGUGCGAAAGCUGAAGAUGAAAAUGAAACUCUCCGACAGCAGAUGAUUGAAGUGGAAAUAUCCAAACAGGCCCUCCAGAAUGAACUGGAGAGAUUGAAAGAGAGUUCCCUAAAGAGAAGAGGCAGUCGGGAAAUGUUCAAAGAGAAGAAAACCUUUAACCAGGAUGACAGUGCCGAUUUGAAGUGCCAACUCCAGUUUGCCAAAGAGGAAGCUUCCCUGAUGCGCAAAAAGAUGGCCAAACUUGGGAGGGAGAAGGAUGAGCUGGAGCAGGAGCUCCAGAAGUAUAAGUCCCUGUACGGUGAUGUGGACAGUCCCCUCCCCACAGGGGAAGCUGGGGGGCCCCCCAGCACCAGAGAGGCAGAGCUGAAGCUGCGGCUGAAGUUGGUGGAGGAGGAAGCCAAUAUCUUGGGCCGGAAGAUCGUGGAGCUGGAGGUGGAGAACCGAGGCCUCAAGGCAGAGAUGGAAGACAUGCGGGUCCAGCAUGAGCGGGAGGGAAUGGGCCGGGACCACGUGCCAAGCAUUCCUACCUCACCCUUUGGCGACUCCCUGGAGUCCUCCACGGAGCUCCGCCGUCACCUGCAGUUUGUGGAAGAGGAAGCCGAGCUGCUGAGGAGGUCCAUAUCUGAAAUCGAAGACCACAACCGACAACUGACCCAUGAGCUGAGCAAGUUCAAGUUUGAGCCUCGCCAGGAGCCAGGGUGGCUUGGGGACAGCUCAUGUAAGGGUGCUGGGGCCGGGGCUCCCUUGCAGGAGGAGCUGAAAUCAGCCAGGCUGCAGAUCAAUGAGCUGAGUGGGAAAGUGCUGAAGUUGCAGUAUGAGAACCGGGUGCUGCUGUCCAAUGUCCAGCGCUGCGACCUGGCUGCCCACCUGGGGCUGCGUGCCCCAAGCCCCCGGGACAGUGAUGCUGAGAGCGACACAGGCAAGAAGGAGAGCGAUGGGGAAGAGGGCCGCCUGCCCCAGCCUAAGCGGGAAGGCCCAGUUGGCGGUGAGAGUGACUCAGAAGACAUGUUCGAGAAGACUUCAGGCUUCGGGAGUGGGAAACCAUCAGAGGCUAGUGAGCCAUGUCCAGCAGAGCUCUUGAGGGCCCGGGAGGACACCGAGUGCCUGGCAACCAUAAAGCAUGAGGCCCAGCGGCUUGAGCGAUCAGUGGAGCGCCUCAUCACAGAUACUGAUGGCUUUAUCCAUGACUCAGGGCUGCAGGGCAGCAGCUUGGCCUCACAUGGUGUCCAGGGUGAGGGUGAGAGGGGUGAGGGGGCCCAGAGUGAACCCCAUCUUCUGGGGACCAUCAAUGUGAAGAUGAAGGCUUUCAGGAAAGAGCUGCAGGCCUUUCUGGAACAGGUGACCCGGAUUGGGGAUGGCCUGUCACCCUUGCCCCACCUCACAGAGUCUUCCAGCUUCCUCUCCACCAUGACCUCCGUGUCCCGGGACUCCCCCAUCGGGAACAUGGGGAAGGAGCUAGUCCCAGAAUUGCAGUCCAAACUGAGAGACCAGCUGGAGUGGCAGCUCGGUCAGGAACGAGGGGAUGACCGAGAAAGCCUUCGCCUCCGAGCCACACGGGAGCUGCACCGCCGGGCUGACGGGGAUGCAGGGAGCCACCGGGCAGGAGGCCAGAGCUGCUUCAACCUAGAGCUCAGGGGCCCCCCUGUUUUACCUGAGCAGAAUGUAUCGAUAGAAGAGCUACAGGGUCAGCUCGCGCAGGCGGCCAGACUGCAUCAAGAGGACACAGAGACAUUUACAAACAAGAUCCGUAAGAUGGAGGAGGAGCACCUCUAUGCCUUGAGGUGGAAGGAGCUGGAAAUGCACAGCCUGGCUUUGCAGAACACCCUCCAUGAGCGAAACUGGAGUGAUGAGAAGAACCUUCUGCAGCAGGAGCUCCGGUCCUUGAAGCAGAACAUCUUCCUCUUCUAUGUCAAACUCAGGUGGUUGCUGAAACACUGGCGGCAAGGGGAGCAGAUGGAGGAGGGAGGAGAGGAUUUUACUGAGGGUGAGCAUCCAGAGACCCUCUCUGAGCUUGGUGAGCUUGGAGUCAAGGGGAAUCACCAAGUGGAUGGACCAGACCAAGAUGAUGGUGACCAAGGCUCUGGCUUUCCCGUGGGGGAGUGUUCCCCACAUGUCCCCGUGCAGCUUGGUGAUCAUGGAUCACGGCUACAGGCUGUGGAUGGGGGACCACUCCACAGGCAGGUGGUGGAAAACCAGCAGCUGUUCAGCGCCCUCAAGACCUUGCUAGAGGACUUUCGCUCAGAGCUGCGGGAAGAUGAGCAUGCCCGGCUGCGGCUGCAGCAGCAGUAUGCCAGCGACAAGGCCGCCUGGGACAUGGAGUGGGCCAUGCUCAAGUGCCGCUUGGAACAGCUGGAAGAAAAGACUGAUCAAAACUUAGGAGAGCUUGACUCCUCCACCGAGAGCAAAGGGGCCUUGAAGAAGGAGAGGGAGGUGCACCAGAAGCUUCUGGCUGACAGCCAUGGCCUGGUUAUGGACCUGCGCUGGCAGAUUCAUCACAGUGAGAAGAACUGGAACCGAGAGAAGGUAGAACUUCUCGAUCGCCUGGACAGGGACCGUCAAGAAUGGGAGCGGCAGAAGAAGGAUCUCUUGUGGAAGAUAGAACAGUUGCAGAAAGAGAACAGUCCUCGGAGAGGUAGCAAUUUCCUAUGUGAUCAAAAAGAAGGAAACGUCCGUUCCUUUCCCCAUCAAGGAGGGCUCCGCAUGCCCCGUCCCAUGGCGAUAUGGCCCUGCGCAGACACUGACUCUAUACCGUUUGAAGACCGGCCGCUAUCCAAGCUGAAGGAGUCGGAUAGGUGCUCUGCCAGUGAGAACCUCUAUUUGGACGCCUUGUCCCUGGAUGACGAGCCAGAGGAGCUGCUACCCCACAGGCCUGAGAGGGACUUCAGGAACUGCCUCCCUGAGGAAGAAGAAAAUCACAAGGGAAAUCUUCAAAGGGCGGUAUCUGUGUCCUCCAUGUCUGAAUUCCAGCGCUUGAUGGAUGUCUCCCCCUUCCUGCCUGAGAAGGGCCUGCCAUCUGCCAGUAGCAAAGAAGAUGUCACCCCACCCCUGUCUCCUGAUGAUUUCCGCUACAUUGAAGAGUUCAACAGCAAGAGCUGGGACUACACACCCUCCAGGACUGGGACAGAGAGGCCUCCGGACCUCUGGACAGACAGGACCGAGGGGGUGCGGGCAGGGCAUGAGGCCAAUGCAGAGCCUUUCUCUGAUUCUUCCUGGUACCUGACCACGAGUGUCACCAUGACCACAGAUACCAUGACCAGCCCAGAGCACUGCCAGAAGCAACCACUGCGGAGCCACAUCCUCACUGAACAAGCAGGGGUGCGCGUGCUUCACAGCCCACCUGCUGUCCGCAGGGUUGAGAGCAUCAUGACAGGUGGAGAAAGCAGGAGCCGACUGGAACCCGAGGGCCCCUUUCCCACGAGCAGAGUCAGAGGGGGCCUGGGAGAUGUCAAGGGAGGUCAUCCAGAAUCUGUGCUCAGCAGGUGGCCUUGUGCCUCCUCUAGACAUACCCGAGACUAUGUGGAGGGGGCUCUCUGCACCUCCCUGGGGUUUGCCUCCCCAUUGCACAGCCUGGAUAUGUCCAAGAACAUGAGUGAUGACAUGAAGGAGGUAGCCUUCUCUGUCAGGAAUGCUAUCUGCUCUGGUCCCAAUGAGCCACAAGUCAAGGACAUGGCCUGCCAGACCAAUGGGUCCCGGACAACAGGGACACAAACUGUCCAGACCAUUAGUGUGGGCCUACAGACUGAAGCCCUUCGUAAUAGCGGUGUCACCAGCAGUCCCCAUAAGUGUCUCACGCCAAAGGCUGGGGGUGGUGCCACACCUGUGUCCUCCCCUUCCCGUAGCCUGAGGAACAGGCAGGUGGCCCCCGCCAUAGAGAAGGUACAGGCCAAGUUUGAGCGUACCUGCUGCUCUCCAAAGUAUGGUUCUCCCAAGCUGCAGAGGAAGCCCCUUCCCAAAGCCGACCAGCCAAAUAGCAGGAACUCACCAGGGGUGGCCCAGAAAGGGUACAGUGAGUCAGCAUGGGCCCGUUCCACCACCACUAGGGAGAGCCCCGUGCACACCACCAUCAACGAUGGUCUCUCCAGCCUCUUCAACAUCAUCGACCACAGCCCUGUGGUGCAGGACCCCUUCCAGAAGGGGGCACGGGCUGGGAGUAGGUCUCGCUCUGCAGAACCCAGACCAGAGCUGGGCCCAGGCCAAGAAACAGGAACCAGUUCCCGAGGAAGGUCACCCAGCCCCCUUGGGACAGGCUCAGAGACGUGCAGGGAAGAAGGGGGAGAGGGCACACCAGUGAGGCAGGACUUAUCCGCUCCCCCUGGCUAUACACUCGCUGAGAGUGUGGCCCGGAUCCUCAACAAGAAGCUGUUGGAGCAUGCCUUAAAGGAGGAAAGGAGGCAGGCCACCCACGGCCCCCCAAGUCUUACCAGCGACAACCACGUAGGAGAAGCAGUCAUGGCUGAACCAGGGUCCAUGGAGAACCAAACUGUCUUACUAACUGCCCCAUGGGGACUCUAGCCCUGCCGCCUCACGCUGAACUGCCUUGCCCUGCGCUAGCGCCAUCCCUAGAGCCCUGCUUCUCCAGGCCCGAGAGACCAGCAAACCGUCGUCCUCCAUCCCGUUGGGCAACACCUUCUCCCACUGCCUCACAGUCUCAGCCACCCGGAGACCAGACCUCCUUGGAGGAACACGGUGAUGAGGAUCCCCUGGAGGAAAUGCCACACCCGUGAUGCAAGCUUGCAUGGAUUAUCACAGAAUAAUUCACUGUAAUUUGCAUAGCCACACCAUCUUCACAACCAAACUCUGCCCCAAAGGAGAGAUCUAGUUUUCUCAAGGUCAAAGAAUGUUUUUUUUUUUUAAAAAAAAAACACACAGCUGCUGAAUGUCCAAACCUGUGAAACUGAGAUGUUUCUAGAAUGAAACAGCAAAUGUGCCUGUAAUAACUUAAUUUUUUUCAUAGCUCAGAAAACUAUUUUUGUCUCCAUCUUUUUUACACACAGUAUAUUAAAAAAAAAAAAAGAAAAACAGGUAAAUAUGGUAUAAAUAGAUAUAAAAUAUAAAAGUUUUAAAAAAUGUACAUUUUAAGAGAUUCUGAACACCCUUGCUCUCAAUCCUGACUGCCUCUCUGUUAAAUUUGCACUGUUCUGUUUUGGUUGGGUUUAUCUCCAUGUUGAACUUAGAGUGUUUUAAGUUAAUUUUAUUUUGUCAAUGUUAACAAUUUUUUAGGAAUUUUUAAAAAUGCUUCAGACUGUCUGAUUCAGUGAACUUUUUGUAGUGAAAAAGCCAUGGAACCAGUAGACAAGACAGAUGUUCUGGAAACUGGAGGGAUGCAGGUCAAUGUUUUUGAGAAGGCACAGAAUCCUCAGACGGGCGUAGAAAAUUCACUGUAUAGUCUACAUAUUAGUCUGCCCGAGUGCACGUCUUCGGGUGCAUGUACAUAUGCUGCUGUCCUCUCCCUCACCUAAGUGUGUGUCCGUCUGGCCCACUGUAAUUGUGAAGUUCCUUGUACUGUACUAUUAUCGUUGGUCCCCUUGCAUUGAUGAGAUAACAGCACCAUUUUAAAAUUAUUGUUAAAAGAUUAACCGGCAAUGUACAGAAUUUUCUUGUUUAAGGAAAACACUGCAAAAUCAUGAGGAUACCAAAUUGAGACAAACGGUGGUGCCUCUGAGUCUGUCUGAGACCAUGAUGAAGUAGAAAUAAAAGCCUUUUUGAGAUGGCGGUGUGCUCUAAGGUCUCAGGUUUCACAUGCCCUCCGUGUCUUCCUGAGAACGCCAAUGGAAAGUUUUCUGUAGCCAGGGGGAUGGUGGGGAGGGGCUUGUGCAAAAAGCAAACAGCUGGUCAUACGUCUCAUUGGGAUGUCUCACUGGGAUGCACCCUUGCACAUGAUCACAUUGCAGUUCUACAGGACUCUGGGAGGGUCCCUAGGUAAGGGAAUGCCUUUAUUCUCAUUGCAAAAGCCCAAACUGGGAAGAGGAUGGGAAUUUGAGGAAACGGUUACCUGCAAGUCAAUGUGGCAAGCCUCUGUCCCCUCCACUCAGGAAAGAGGGAGUGGCCAGUAGCUCCAGGACAGGCAGUUCCCUCUCUGGCAGUGAGAUGUAGCCCAAGCUGGUGGUAUCAGUUAGAGGUUAGCGCAGGGGAUUACAAAGGAGUGUGCUGCCCAUAAGUCCAAAAAGAACUAUUUCAGCCACAGCUUCUGACUUCAACGUUUCAUUAACCCAACAGUUUUCUUAUGUACAUGAACAAGUGGAGUAAGUCCUAAUCCCAGCAUGACCACAGUUCCACCUUUAAGCAUAUACUUUUAAAAAACAAAUGUUUGAGCAUAUGGAGAAAUGGGAGCCCUCCUGUACUGUUGGUGGAAAAGUAAAUGGUCCAGCCACUACAGAAGGCAGUAUGGCAGCUCCUCACCAAACCAGAAUGAUUAGAUGAUCCAGCUACCCCCCUACUGAAUGUAUAUCCCACCCCCACAAAUUGAAAUAAACUCAGAUACUUGUACACCAA